CCGGUUGAGUGUAACCUGCGCUUGACAGGCUGAUGUGCCGUGUUACCUGAGCUGUAAAAUGAAAGAUGGAGGUGUCUUUUGGACUUUAUAUCUAUUAAUUAUAUUUUGAGCACAGCAAAACUAUAUAUGCAUGGAUAUGAAGAGCAAGGAGCCCUGUACCAAAAUUGUGAAAACUUGGGCCAGUGGUUCAGGCUCUAGGAUGGAGGAUGAAGCCCAAAUGAGUAUAUACUGAUCAGGGAUGAAACCGUCUGAAUUCAGUUAUGGUAAAGCAAACUAUAAAAAUGUGGAUCCAGUACAUUAAUAUAGGUUUAGCAAUUUUAACAUACUGCACCUCGUACACUUUUGGACUUGUAGAUAUCUGCAAAACCAAGUACAUAACCCUGCCAUUUGAUCGAGAACAAGGCAUUGUAGGAGUGACGACAGACACUGGAUCCACUGAGAAUGGUCCAUGUAUUCUACGUAUCAAGGGCUGCAGUAACUGCCACAUCCAGCUACAUCCGGUCGGAAAUGACUGGGAGCUCCCUCAGGAUCCCUCUUCAAACUGUGCCUCUUCAUAUCCCCAGCGCAACUCACUGAAGGAGUGUACACCAGGUUGUUCCUAUCUGUUCAUGUUUGACAGUGCCUACAUGAAUGAAACUUUGAAGUUUUACAAAAACAACAUGUGGCCCAGUGGUCAGUUUAAGUCAGCGUCGAGUGCGAUGUUUGUAGGCUUGUGCUCCCAUCAAGCUCCUCCCAACAUAUCCUUAAAUUUCAGUGUCAUAGCCAACAAAGAGACGUUGUCGUCCAAGAUCGGACACAUACGCUCUCUUAACUUUCCAAGUGGAUACUUGCAGAAUGGAGACCAGUACACUUGGGUCAUUAGAAAUGAAGCUUAUUCCCGGAUUUUAGUAGUGUUUGAUGAUUGGCAUAUCUCACCGUUCAGUGAAGUUUUUUUUGAUAAUAGUGACAGGAGAUUGCCUAUUAAUGGUGCAUCAGGUCGUUCUGCAAUACUGUCAAAGGGCCCAGAGAUGAAAGUCAUCUUCAACACAGGGAAUCAUUUGCUAGAGGACCAAAACAGAUACAUGGGCUUCAAAUUCACAUACACUUUCUACAAAACUGAUCAUGAACAAUCCAUUACUAUCCCAUUAACAGACUGUGGGAAGUAUGAUAUGAUCAAUGCUGGAGGAGUCAUUGACUUUGAGAUGAUUAACAGUAUAAAAGAUUUUGAAUAUGACUGCACAUGGAUUGUUAAAAAACAGCCUGAUUAUGACAGAAUGUACUUGAAAAUUUUGAAGUUCAGAACAGACCUGAUGGUCAGCCACAGCAACCAGGUGGUAGAAAUUCGAGAUGGUUUGACAUCAGAUGGAGUACUUGAGGACAAAGUGUAUCCCAACAGUGUGUACAAAGGCCACUACAUUAGUGACAGAGGAUUUUACAUACGGUUCCGAGGAAAGGUCCGCCCUAUGGACAAUCUACGGAUUGUGUACACCUCCUAUCGAGACCGAGGCUCCGCAGACUGCAGCAGGAUGGGAAUGUUUUAUUGUAAGACGAUGCGAUGUAUCCCAUCAGAACUGGAGUGUGAUCGAUUUAACCACUGUGGAGAUAAUUCAGAUGAAAGCAACACUAAGUGUCUAGGUGGAGGUUCUGGUUGGUCUCGCAGCAGUAACUACAGCAUGACAGUCAGCGUCAUCGUUCCUCUCGUCAUCUCUGUCUUCUUCCUCAUCAUUUUAUGUGUCCUCUUCUUCCUCAUCCGACGAUGUCGCAAUGCACAGGCACUGGAAAUGGACAGGGCAGCAGGGAUACCAACCAUCAGUGGAAGAAUUAGCAGAAGAGGUCGUAGAAAUAGGCAAACACAGAGACCUGCAGAAUUCCCUCCAACCUAUGAGGAAGCCCUGGAGAGUCCACCAUACGAAGAGCCUCCUCUGGCAUGUGAAAAUGGUAUACUGAAACCCCCCACAUACCAUGAAGCUAUUGGACAAAUUCCAGACCCCCCUGAAGAGGAGUACCCUGAAGAGGAGUAUCCCCCACCAGACUUCAGUACCUUAGACCGAUCAUUGCCAAACAAUGAAACCCAAGCAUCCAACACUUCAUCCGCAGAAAGUGAAGAAAUCCGACCAGUGAAUCAUACAUAUAGUAUGUCUUACAGCUCUGAGUCGUCUACUGAGGUCUCAUUGAACCAAAAUGUCUCACAAAUUUACAGUCCCACUUACACAGAGGUACCCUAUCAUAGGUCUCCAAACAGGGAGAGUACUGAGCAUGAGUUUACAGAGCGGGCUCCAAGUCAAGCAAAAGAUAGAAGGCAAAUAGACAGAAGAAAGGUUGAUUCCCACAGACAUAAGAACAAUGUAGGAGAAGCUUCAGAGAGAAAUCCACAUGAAAGUCACUCAGUUCCAACAGUCAGUGGAAGAGGAAUUCCACCCCAGAAGCAAGGACACAUGUUAGAGAGGGAGGACGGCAGAGGGAAAGUAAAUUUCACUGAAACACAGAACUCCCCUAAUACAUCAAGUCAGAUGUCUCCCCAAUUUUCGGUUUCUCCCCCAUGUCAAUCUUACUCCAAAGGCGCAAAUCAUCACAAGGGUGAUAGGGCGGGAAAUCAAACAAAAUCAAAAGGUAAUCAAAGGAACAGAGCAUCUGAUAGCAGCUCAAAGAAUUUGCUCUUUAGUGAGGACCAUUUCACUAAUGGAGAGAAUAGGGGCACACUGAAUCAAGCUUUUAAGGACUAUGAUAGUUCACAAAAUUCACCACCAAAGACAAAUUCAGCCAGCCUUGCCAACCUAUAUUCCUUAGAGAGAUGGACUGAGGACAGGAGAGGGAUGGCUAUGUCCUUACAACACCUGCCAAUCACACAGUGUGUUACUUCCAGGAGUAGCUUAGCGAUGGAAAACUCUGACCAUUCCAAUGGAGGACUGACCAGUGGUCUGCCAAUAGGAAACACUAGACAAGAGAAUGCCCUUCGACAGCCAUGCCUUCUAGAUGCAGAUCGACCUAUGUCACGCUCAGUAGGAAAUCUCCCCAUACAUUCACAUUUACAACCUUUGAACUUGGAAGAAAACAAGAAUGAAGGAUCAUCUGAAAGUUCUAACACACCAAUACAAGCAUCAGCCUCAUUAGGAGAUUUGACCCGACGUCGGUACAACCAGGCUGCCAGACGGCAAACUCAGUCCCAUCCAGACUUGUCAAACAUUCAGGAAGAAAGAAAUAACGAUAUCCUUACCUUUGUUUGUGACAGUGAAGAUGUUUUUGUUUGAAUAUUUCACCACAUGCUCUUUCAAUGUGAUGCAGUCAUGUUCUGUGUGAAGGUAUGCAUCUAAGAACCAAAUUCCAGGAUAUUCAUUCCAUUUAUAAUUAUCAAGUGAUGUCCACACACUUUUCAUAUCUUUAUGUAUUUUUGUAUGAAACCCAUACUAAGCUAGACUAUUUUAAUCAGAGAAAAUUUAUAAAUAUAUGUAUACUUGUUUUAGCUUGUUUAAAAUUUAACCCAGUUGGAAAGGCUGUACUAUUUGGCUUAAUUUUGAAUUAGAACUACUAUGAUAAAGAUAUUAAAGCUGUAUGGUCCGAAUUACCAAUAUUUUUUUCCAUCUCGUAAAAACGCAAAUAAAUCAUCGCACGUACAUGUAUGUAGUUAUGAGGCUGUAUGACAUAUCAUACAUUAUUUCACCUGUUUUAACCUAAAUUAUUUGAUUUUAAAUCGAUGUUUACAAAUAACCACGUCACUCUACCAUUUCAAGUGACAGUCACGUGACCAGUUCAAACUUUCAGAUCAUCAGUGGUCUCAUCUGUGUAAAGCUGUGUAUUUUGUUACAACAGUACCGUGCCAUAGGUUUAAUAGAAAUAAAAAUAUCAAAUACCUCUUAGUAAUUCGUUGUUUUACGCUCUUUCAGCCUUAAAACUAGACAGUUGCGUAUGAGUUAAUACAUCAUGUUGGGAUUCCCCUGACGUGCGUGGGUCAAUUUAUAGACGUCUAUUAUGGGAUGAUUUAUAUAUGUACCACACUAUAUUUACUUUUUAAAUAAUAUUCUCAGUUUUCUUUUACAUGCAGAUGUUUUCAAGCAUGUAAUUAAGGGAAAGUUAUUAACUUUAUAAAGUAAUCAAUCUGCUUUAAAGUAAUAAUGUACAAAAAUAAUACAUGAACAUCGGGUCAUACAGCUUUAAAAAGAAAAUUUCAUAUUUGAACUCUAGCUUGCAUUAGCACUAAAGAUGCUCCAACUUGAAUCUCACUAAAUUAAGGUAACUUGUGAUGUCAUAAGUUUUUACAAAUUAAUCAACCUUUUAUCUUUAUAGAUAUGUAUCUUUGGUAGCAGUAUUACUCAAGAGAUACAAUAAAAUAUCUGAUUUAGUAUAAGAUACUUAAAAAGUUAAUAUUUUUUUUAAUGAAUAAUCAAUUAUUUGCAUUUUAAAAUGUUGCCAAGGGCAGUAACUCUUAUUUGGGUAUUUUCUAUAUUGUAUGUCCAUUUUACAAUGAUUUCCCUGAUGUGCACAAAUAAAUUUAUAUAGAUUUUUAAAGUAACAUUUUUUGGGAAACUGUUAAGAUUAAAAUUAUGUCAUUUGAGCAAGUUUUUAUGAUGUUGAAAAACUGAUGGCAACAUAUUCAUUUUCUUUAAGGUUUAGUUAAACUGAACUAUAUUAAAAGGAAAUAAAUGCCGUUUUUUCUAAUUUCAACCCGUAAUAGUGCAAGUAUGGGUUACCUUAAGUAUAUAUUCAAAAUGCUCAAAAUCAUAUUUGUACAUGUUCAAGGGAUAUGUAAAGAAAGUUCAUAAUUACCACGAGUUGUGAAAAAUAGUAUGAAAAAAUAUUUCAUAUAUUUAUUCUUGUGAAGAGAAUUAAGAAAAAAAUUGUAAAUAUUUGAUAUGUAAUUAUAUCAGAUGAGUAAGAUACUAUCAGCAUUGUCUUUAAACUUUCUUAACAACCUUUAUGUUUACUUUGUUGUGUUAUUUUCAACAUGUCUGUCUUUGGUUUGUACAUUCAAGUUCCAUGUCAUAGCAUUGCUUUGCUUCUAACAAUAUCAUUUAACAAAAUUGAAGAAACCAGAAAAGAACAAUAUUUUUGGUGUAACCAAUAUUUCCUUGAGAGUUUUUAAUAGCGAAGUUAGAAAUACAAAGGACUAGACCAGAAUUUGAACUCGUACUCCCCUGAAUCUUUUAAGGCAGUUGCUUUACAGCUGAGCACAGGCAAACCAAACCUUUUUGACCACCACAUUAAACUUCUUUUUUUUUUUUGCCUUCCUCCCCCAACUAGGAUCUCCCUUGAUAGACAUUUUCAACUGUCAAUUCCAGAAGCAAGUCAUGACACCAAAAUGUAGCUGGAAAGGAUAAUGCUUGCAUUGGAAGAGCAGGAUAAUUAAGGAAAAGGAAUAUGGCAGUUGGAUGUGGCAUUCCAAUGGUGGAUAGCCCAGGUAAUAGAGCACCUGACUAGAGAUUUACAGUGCAUGAAUUUGAAACAUGGUCUGGGUCAUAGAUUUUAUCCAGCUCUGUUCCUGUUACAUUUGGUAUCCUUAACUACCACGGGAACUACCAGGUGAAGUUGCCUGCCUCCUUAACUACCACAGGAACUACCAGGUGAAGUUGCCUGCCUCCUUAAUUACCACGAGGACUACCAGGUGAAGUUGCCUGCCUCCUUAACUACCACUGGAACUACCAGGUGAAGUUGUCUGCCUCCUUAACUACCACAGGAACUACCAGGUGAAGUUGCCUGCCUCCUUAACUACCACAGGAACUACCAGGUGAAGUUGCCUGCCAGGGUAGAGCCUGGUUUUAUUCAAUGGCGAAGACAUUAAAGCAGGGAGGAAUGUGUUGGUCAGAUCAGUAUGAUUGGCAGUGAUCAAAUACUUCAAUUGGUAAUGCAUCUGACUGGAGAUUUAGGGGUCCUGAGUAUGAAUCCCAGUCUGGUCCAAUUUAUUAUCUCUCUUCCCUUUACUAACUUAAGGUUGUAGUCUAAAUAUGUUGUGCUUUUUGUAUGUGCUGGUCACAGAUAUAUGUUGGAGUUCAAGCUUGGUGCUGUAUUAUUAUUUGUUUAUUAAGAUUUAUUCACCUGUCGUGGAUGAUUGUAUAUUGAUAUGGUUCAGUGUGUUUAUCUUGUCUGUCUGUUAGCACUUUGUGGGUCAGAUAAAAGCAGUCCUUGUAUGGCUCAGAUCAUCAAACUUUGUAUACAUGUUCCCAGUGAUUAGAGAAAGAAGGCUGUAGUUUUUCUAGACCAAAGGUUGAAUUUACAUGUGUAAUUUUAUGUACACAAGAUGGGACAGAAACAGUUCUAAAAAAAAAUAAUGUGAUAAUCAAACUUAAUGCACAUAUUCAACCAAAAUAGAAGGAAAAAUAAGAGUGCAAAUUGAAGGCUAGGAUAAUCACAUUUCCCAUGGUGAGAAGAAGAGGUUAUUUCUCAAGGUCAAACUCAUUUUCAGUAUAUUUUGUAAAGUGACAUGAUUUUGCUUUUCAGUUUAUAAUUUGAGUGAAGUCUUUCUUCAAUUUGAUAUUUAACAAAUCUGUCAUAGAAUGAACACUUUUUUUUAUAUAUAUACUUUCUGAUAUUAGAGUGUUGAAAGAAUAUUGUUGGAGCCUUUUUUUUCCAUUAAUGGUAUAUUUGGAUGUUAGUUAGGAUGAGGUAAUUUGUAACAGUAAAAUUAAUCUAAAUCAUGUGCAGGUAACAUGUUCCUUGGACCACUUUAUAAAGUAAUGAAAAUACACAGAUUAUUUUGUACAAAUUUUUUCAAUGUAUUGCUUUUGUCAUUUUAUUUUGGAUGUUCAUAGAAUCUCUUGCUUUCAUUACAGCUGGGAGAGCUUGCUUGCUUUGUGGGUGGGGGGUUGCCACCUUUCUGCACAUUGGGGAGGUGACUUGCUUCCUGUAUAUGUGAUUGGGGGGGAUUUACCUCCUGUCAGUUUGAUUCAGCAUUACAUGCAAAGCUGCAUAUUUUUGUGUUUUCGAAAUUAUAUCUUAAAUUUUGUUCAUAUAUGAUACUGAAUAAGUACUUAUUCAUUAUUUAUGAAGUAUUAUUUCUGUUACUUGAAGUACAUUGUUAGACAUUGUAAAUCAUUUAAUGUCUUGUAUUGUAAGAUUAUUUUAAAUGGUGAGCUAUUACUGCUGUUGUAUAUUGAACACUUCUGUAACAUUCCAUGCAGUACUUAGCUCACUCAUCUUGUUUUUUCUUUGUACAGAAACAAUGCAAGUUAUAUUUUUAUCUGAUACAAGUUCAAAAUAUUUUAAGAAAUGCAGAAAUAUUUAGUCAGUUUAUUAUGGUAAUAAAUCCAUGCAAGUAUGA